AUGACCACUCUUCUGGGCUCUUUGAUAUUCCUCCUUGCAUCCGUCCACAUAGUGUGUCUCCCUCACUCCCCCAAUGUCCACGAGAUUUAUAGGUUCCCCAACGGAACCUGGGUUGAGAACAUCGCGGUACGACCAAAUGGCAACCUCCUUGUCGCUCUAUUAAGUACGCCAGAGCUCUGGGAGAUCGAUCCUUCCCCUUUAAACGGAACACGCGAUAGCCCAGCACAUUUAGUCCACCACUUUGAUGGCGCUGAAGACGUGGAUGGAAUCACAGAGCUUUCACCGGAUAUCUAUGCUGUUAUCGUAUCCAACUCGGUUUGGACAAUCGAUCUCAGAGACCCUGGAAGCGCGUCCAAUCCGGUUCUUGUUGCCAAACUUCCCGCCGGCUUUUUAAACGGCAUGGCUACCCUGAACGAAGGACAGGCAGUUGCAAUCACAGACUCGCAACUAGGUCUUGUAUGGCGUCUCGAUGUCCGUACCGGGGAGUACGGCGUAAUUCAUCAGCACGAGACCAUGGCUGCGAAUAACGACGUUGGUUUCUUACUUGGGAUCAACGGGUUGAAGAUAGUAAACAAUUACAUGUACUACACCAACACUCCAAAGCGAAUCUUCUGCCGUGUACGUAUUGAUACGCGUACCGGUCGAGCUCUGAGUGCUUAUGAAGUGAUCAGUCACGAUAUGUUGGCUGAUGACUUUGCCAUUGACCCGGCUGGGAUUGGAUAUCUGGCUGGUUGGAUGGAUGAUGUCGUUACUCGGGUUUUUCCUAAUGGGUAUCAUGAGAUUAUUGCGGGCUUGAAGGGCUCGAGGGAUUUCAUGACUGCUACAGCAGCGGCUUUUGGGAGAACACAAAAUGAUUGGAAUGUCCUUUAUGUGACUACUGGAGGGGAGACAAGGAAUCCUGUGCACCGAACCAAUACCAGAGGGGGCAAAGUAAUGGCAGUUUCUGUUGGAGCUUAG